UUUAGGUCAGUGGCAUUAGAUGGGGGAGGAGGCGGUGUUCUUGGCGGCGAUCUCACGCGCCGAUCGAUCGUUUGGCCUUCUGCUAGAUCAUGGUGUGGUGCAGCUAUUGCGCCAAGGACCAGAUCGCGGACAGGGAUGACAUCAACGGAUUCACGUGCUGCACGGGUUGCGGCCGCGUUCUUGAUGAUAAUGUGUACUCGUCCGAGCCUACUUUUUGCAAGGGAUCCGCUGGACAGAGUCAGCUGGUGGGAAAUAUCAUCCGAUCUGGACAAUAUUCACGCAUUGGAUCCGACCCGGGGUAUAGUGGCUUUCAAUCUGCCUCGCACGAGAAAACUUUGGAGAGAGGAAGGAAUGAAAUCGGAGAUAUUGCGGACAGUCUAUCAAUCAGUGGAAGAGAUGAUGCAGUGGGUGCUGCUCACCGGCUGUAUGUGCUUGCGGUGGAGAAGAGCUUCACGAAAGGCAGACGUACUCAACAAGUGGCAGCUGCUUGCUUAUACAUAGUGUGCCGGCAGGAAAAUAAACCUUAUUUGCUUAUCGAUUUUUCAGACUCGCUUCAAGUAAAUGUAUACGUGCUUGGAGCUGUGUUCAUGCAACUAUGCAGGUUGCUAAGGCUAGAAGAACAUCCGAUAAUGGCAAAGCCUGUCGAUCCGAGUCUCUUUAUUCACAGAUUUACAGAUAGACUGUUGGGAUUAAGCAAUGGCUCCUUCGGACGGAAACAUCAUGCCAUUGCGAAUACCGCAUUAAGAAUUGUUGCCAGUAUGAAGCGGGAUUGGAUUCAGACAGGCAGAAAACCAAGUGGAGUUUGUGGUGCGGCACUAUUUGUUUCGGCUCAAAUUCACGGUUUUGAGUGCAGUAAGAGCGAUGUGGUGAGUGUUGUCCAUGUUUGUGGCGAUACUCUGACAAAGAGACUUGUCGAGUUUGGGAAUACAGAAUCAGGAAGCUUGACGCCCGAGGAGUUCGAGGCUAAAGCAAAAGAGUUGGAACUUCAGGAGCCUGUUCCUCAUGUGAAUUUCAAAGGACAUUUAACCGAAAUUCUUUGCGAACAUAAAGAACUAGGUGCGUCACAUCAUGCCCAUGGUCUGUGCAGAAGCUGCUUUGACGAGUUUAUGAAAGUAUCUGGUGGUUUGGAAGGAGAGUCCAAUCCACCUGCAUUUCAACGAGCCGAAAAGAAACGUUUUGAUGCUGAGAAAAGAAAGCUGAAGGAGUUUCUCUUAGAAGACCCUGAAGAAUCGCCUGUGCGUGGUAAAGGAAAGGCUUUGAAGCUUGAUGAAGACAUCGAGUUAAAGCAGCUAGCCAUGUCGGAAAGUGUCUUGGAGGAUUUUCAAGAAAACACAAUUCCGGAAACGGGACACUUACUCGCGGAAGAGGCUUUGUCGGAUCUCGACGACGAGGAGAUGAAUGCGUACUUGAACAACGAGGAGGAAGUACGACUGAAAACUGUCAUCUGGACAGAAAUGAACAAAGAAUACCUUCAGGAACUGGAAGCCAAGGAAGCAGCAAUAGCUGCAAGCGAAGCUGCACAAUCUGCCGCCCUGUCUGCGAUUUCGUCUGGGACUGGAUCCGCCGCUGACAUUGCCGCUGCUGCUGCCGCUGCCGUCGCGAGCUCCAAAAAGGCAAGAAAAUCGAGAAAAGUUGCUGAAAAGAAACCUCCGGCAGAGUCCGCGGCAGAGGCAGCACGUCGGAUGCUGGAAGCAAAGAAGCUGGGAUCACGAGUUAACUUCGAUGUUCUGGACAAGCUAUUUGACCGAGAGGAGAACCCGCAAGGAUUGGUGGACGUAAAAUCAUCUCCAAAACUCCCAGAAGAUGGAAAUGCGAUCAGUCCCAGCAGCGCUGUUAUAGACGAGAAGAAAGAAGUGGAUUAUCAAUGCCAUGGACAAGAAGAUGGGCAGGAAAAUGGAGGAGGAGAAGCAGAAGAGGAAGAGGAAGAGCAUUUGGAAGAAGAUUGCGAGGGAGGACUCUAUGCGCAGCCGCAAGAAGAAGAGUUCUAUGAAGAGUAUUAAAACGAUUAUAAAGUUAAUUUUAUGGAUCGAUCACCAAAAUUUGAUGCA